UGUGUAGAUAGAGGAAAUAUGAGAAGUAAUGGUUGUGGUUGUGGGGAGCAGUAAGGUUGUAUGGUUCCCGGGAGUACCACUGUUACCACUCCAGUAGUAAACAAACACAAUGGCGGAGGACCUCAGCUUGCAGACCUAUACUGUGCAGCUGGAACAGGUGGAAGCAGCACUCACCUCUGAUCCAACAAAUGCUGAACUGCUGAAGCUGAAGAGUGACCUGCAGGAGGUGAUAAAGCUCACAAAAAAUCUCAUUGAUACACAAGCCAAUUCAGCGACAAGCACAUCUAGUCUAAGCUCCAAAGAGAGCAGUAGUGAGCCUGCACCCAUCAGAGCAUGGAAUGUUGGUGAUGAAUGCAUGGCCAUCUGGUCUGAAGACUCCCAGUGGUAUGAUGCUGUUAUUGAUGCAAUAACAGAUGAUGGCCUUGUGGCUGUCAGUUUUGAUGGCUAUGGGAAUUCUGAUGUUACAAAGCUGUCCAUGCUUAAGGAGCGAAUUCCAGGAGAGAAGCGAGGACAACACCAUCUUGGCUUUGCAUCAGAAUCUGAGAAAAAUAAAAGAAGGGAACUCACGCCAGAAAGCCAAGAAACAAAAAAAGGGGAAAAACACGACAGGCUGAAGCAGAUAGGGGAAGCCCUUUGAGGCGACAAGGCAAAGUGGCAGCAUUUUAAAACCAAAAGAAAAGGGAUUAAAAAGCUGAAGGGAGUGACGAAGAAAUCCAUAUUCGCAACACCUGAUGCAGCAAAUGGAAGAGUUGGCAUAGGCACAUGUGGUAUUGGAGGAAAACCAAUGACAGAAUACACACAUGCAGAAAAGUGGCGAAAAGGGACCUAAGAUGUGAAUCUCCCAAGCAUUCAAUAUAUUUUUACCAAGGGACAAAAAACAUUUCACGAAAAUACUGUUAUUUUUGAUGUUCAUUGUACCUCUCAAAAGUGGGAAGGAGUUAUCAUGAACUUCUUCAUCUUUGGGUUCAUUACUUGUUCAUAUUGACCAAUUUUACUAUUUUCAUACGAUAAGGUAAUUAGACAUGAUUUUAAAAUGAUUAUAAUAAAAUAAAAAACUUUAAUGAGCAGAAGCCAAAUUUUAAUCUUGGACACAGUUAAUAAAUCAGUUGGUGAUGUUGGUUGAAUUUUUUUUUGUGUGUGGAUUUGAAUAGACAUUGGAUUAACACUUUAUCCUUGUAAAGUGUGCAAUUUUAAAUGAACAAUGGAGCCAGCUAAAAGUUACAUCAGCCAGUGAGCACACCUCUGGUUUCUGACAUUUUAACCUCCCAGCAAUUCGUCUGUGUUUACUCUGCUUCGUUUACGUACAUUGAGAUAAUAUCACUCCCUUCUCAUGUAUUAUUUCAUUUUCUGUUGGGCUCAUUUAGAAGAAAUAAAUUUUUGUUAAUUUGCUUCAACUUAACCAAAACUAACCUUGCAUUAGUAAAUAACUCCCGUGGAAGCUAGAACAUCUGAAAAACUAAUGGUGUGCUUACUUGACAAUGUUCCUUUUUCAUAUAUUGUCAGUCAUUAAAAUUGCACACAUUUCUUAGGACAGUGUGUGUGGAUUAAAUACUAAGAAGCAGUUGCAGGCUUUAUCAUGUGUUCAGGUUGUUUGAACUUUUAACCAAAACACUGUCCCAGUGUACAUGUAAUAUUUUCCUAAAAAUGAUCAGUUUAUUUAAUUGUAUUUGUAUUUUUGUCUAUUCAGCUUUUAUAUUUCCCAUCAAAGUCUUCCCAGCUCAUUUUUGAUCCUUUCCUACUUUCUCAUUAUCACCUUUUGUAUAAACUGUCAUUCAAUAUUCAUUCCCUUUUCUUUGUUUGGGGCUUAUUUUAUCUUAACUACUUCCCUCUUUAAUGCCGGUAGAAAGGGGCUAGUAACCCCUUCUCCUGUAUAUAUUACUGAAUGUGAGAGGAGAAGCUUUCGUUUUUCCUUUUGGGCCACCCCGCCUCGGUGGGAUGCGGCCAGUGUGUUGAAAGAAAGAAGACUUCCCCUUUUGUGUUUUGUUCCUCACAAGUUUCUUUGCUCUUUAGAUAAGUACAGUAAGCUAGAAUGAAAGUCUAAUAAAAGAGUUAUUGCUGAGAGUUCAGUUAAAAAUAAAUUAUGUGAUUAGGUAGCAUAAUGAGCAUCACUGAAAGCACGAGAUAUAUUUACCUUUCAUCUGACUGGGUGGCACAAAAUACCCUGAAUCAUUAAUGAUCCUUUCCUGGUAAUGUUUGAUGUUUGCUCAUCACAUUUGAGACAACAAAUAUUUCUUGACCAUUAUUUGUAAGAAUCUUAUGCUCCAGAUGUUUUUGUCAGUUACCAUUUAUUACGUAUAGUGACUGGCUGACUUAUCAGGUAGGUAGAAUUGACUAAUAUUGUAUGUAAAAACAGCUUUUCUUAUUUGCCAUGCAGAUAAAACCUGUGAAAUAUAAAAUAAAAAUUUUCCUACCUUUCCCUUGA